CUCUCUCAAAUACUUUUCCAAACCAAACACCCCCUCGUUUCUUGUACGAAGGAACACUACAAUUUAAUCCAAUUGAUACAAUACGGCCGCAUUGACUCACUUCCAAGUCGUCGGAGCUACAGCCAUGGAUAAUUUUGCCAAUCUCCCCUCUCCACCACUCAUUUCUUCGAUAACCCUCUCCCAGUCUCCAUUCUUAUAACAAAAAAUUGAAACUCCCGAAAUCCUUCCCAGGUGCUCCACGAUGGCUAAUUUGCCCCAUAAAAUGCCCGGAAAGGCUCUCUUUGUUUACUCGAUGUGCUUGCUCAGCCACAUCCCAAUAAUCAAAGCUGACCCAACUUUCCGAUCCAUAGACUGCAACUCCACCGUGCCUACCGACCAGGCCCUCUGCCCCGGCGUCACCACGGACGUGUGUCGCGACUGCAUCGAUUACGCUAAAAGAGAUGCAGCCGUACGGUGCCCCGGGUCGAAGCCGUUCUCGAUCGUGUAUGACGAGUGCACAGUGAGGAACUCCACGGUGUCCGCCCCAACAAUCAAAGGAGCUGACCCAACUUUCGCCUACAUCAAUUGCCCAAACACAACCCUCACCACAACCGGCACCUACGCCCCAAACAGCACCUACAAAACAAACCUCGACUCCCUCCUCUCCGUUCUCUCCUCCAACUCCAACAACGCAUUGGAUGGAUUUUACAACUAUACUGCCGGCACCAGCGCCCCCGACGUCGUCUACGGCCUCUUCCUCUGCCGCGGUGACCUCACCGUCGCCGCGUGCCGAGAGUGCGUCACUUAUGCUUCCAGGGAUGUAGUCCAACAAUGCCCCGGGGCAAAGCGGGUCAUAAUCUGGUACGACGAGUGCAUGCUAAGGUACUCCAACGAGUCUAUCUUCGCCACUCAGGAAACAAUGGAAUGGGUAGUUUUGAUUAAAAUGGAAUGGGUAGUUUUGAUUAAUACGCAGAACGUGUCGAAUACAACCCAUUAUAGCGAAGUUUUGGGCGAGGUAUUAUAAUGAACUUCUUUAUACAGAGUAUGGAUUCGAAGUAGGUGGUGUUCCGGUUUCUUAAAAAAGAAUUUUUAGAAAAAAUAAGGUAAUUUCAAGCUCAAAAAUUAUGUGUUUACGUAAAUAAUUUUUCUAUCAAUAUGAAUCUUGUUUGAUAGAUUUCAUUGAGAUCUUUUAAACGGUGCAAAAAAAAAUUAAAUUUUUUUUUAUUUUCAUUAUAUUUAAGUUUGAAAUUACCUUCGUUUGAAAAAAAAAAUACUUUUUCUAAAAGCGGAACACCACGGUACUCACUUGUGUGAUUCUCUAUGAUUGAACAAGAAUACGAACUCUUUUCUACUGUUAAUUUUGCUGUUCUUUUUUUUGUCUCUGAGAAAUUUUUAAUGUUCUAAAAGUACAAGUUAUCAAAAAAAAUUUACAAACCACCUCUCCAGAAUCAAAUCAGAAUGCUAGGAUACUGAGUCAUUGACACGUGUUUGAUCAAAUUGUAUUUGUCAAAUUGACGUAGAACACGUAGAGGUCUAAUUUAAUGAUAAAUUGGACCAGUUGAAACCUCGGAAGUCCAAACGUUAUUUAAUUGCAAAUUAUCCAAUUUGAUAACUUUCAAACGAGCUCGGAUCCGACCCAAAUUUGGUGGGCUGACUUAUUUUCACGUUGCGGUCAAUACUCACUACCCUAAGUCGUGACUAGUGGUGUUUUUCGGCUUAAUUCCUUCGUUUCGGCCUCAAAUUGAACAUUUUUGCUAUUUUAGAAAAUAUUUAUUUUGUUAAUAACUCUUAGCGUAUAAUUCCGCAUAAGUUUAUUCUUUUUAAGAAAGUCUUAUUUUUCUUUUCUUUUUUCAAUUUUAUUAUUUUCCCCAAAUUUUAAAAAUUUUGGUUUUUAAGUUAGGUUUUGUUAGGGUUACGCAUUUUUCCAUUAAAAUGAGUUGUAACUUAAUGUUAGAGUAACCUUUCAAUCAAUAAUAUUCACUUUGUCUUUUUCCCUUGUA